AUAGGCAGGAGCUCAAAUCACAGCUGGGCUCAGAUGCUCUGGGCAGCCUGGAGGGGCCAUCCCCACCUGCCGCCUGGAGUGAGGAAGACCCCACACAGGCCCCCAGGCGUCCUGUGAGAGGGCGGGCUCAGUCAGGGGGUCUCUCUCUGUCUCCCUCUCCCUCCCUGUCUCUCUGACACACUCACAUUCAUACACACUUGCACACCCAUGGGGAGCCGCCCUGCCCAAGGGCUCCAGAGAACCACGUCGGCCGGGUACCGACUGCCCCCAGCCACCAGUCCACCAGCUUCAGUCUCUAUGGCUGCCACCCGUGGCCGCACAGUGGGCAGGGGUCUCCCUGGUGGCUGCCAGGACCCGAAGUCCCAGCAGGCGGUCCCCAGGGCUGGUGUGCAGCAGGACCAGCUCUGGAGGGAGCUCCUGGAAGCGGAAGGACGCUGCCGGCAGCGCUGGGCUCAGAACUGGAGUUUCCUGAAAGACUACGACCCGAUGGGCAACAGGAAGGACGCCGUGCGGCUGCCGGAGCAUGUGCCCUUCUUUUCGGACACGGUCCCCAACUCCAUGAACCAGGUCGUGGGCAGCAGGGUGGACACGCCCCUGGGCAGGGUGCUCAGCAGCAUGGACUUCUUCUUCGUCGAGGGGACCCGGAAGAAGAGGCUGGACGACGAGCUGCAGCCCGUCUAGAGACCCGGAGGCCUGGGCC